AUGGCCCUGGUGGAUGAUCACCAAGUCAAGAGACGGCGCUUGGACAGAAUUUGCGAAGGCAGCCGCCCGCAGAUCGUCACCGGCCUCCUGCACCCCCGGCCCCUGGUGGCGCUGUUGGACGGCCGCGACUGCGCAGUGGAGAGGCUGAUCCUGAAGGACCUGGCCACCGUGGCCUUCUGUGACGCCCAGUCUACUCAGGAGAUCCAUGAGAAGGUGUUAAACGAGGCUGUGGGCGCCAUGAUGUACCACACCCUCACCCUCACCAGGGAGGACCUGGAGAAGUUCAAGGCCCUGCGAGUGAUCGUGCUGAUAGGCAGUGGCUACGACAACGUGGACGUCAAGGCUGCCGGUGAGCUCGGGAUUGCUGUGUGCAACGUCCCGUCCGCAGCAGUGGAAGAGACGGCCGAUUCCACCAUCUGCCACAUUCUCAACCUGUACCGGAGAAACACGUGGCUGUCCCAGGCGCUGCGGGAGGGCAUGCGGAUACAGAGUGUGGAGCAGAUCCGAGAGGUGGCCUCGGGAGCAGCACGCAUUCGCGGGGAGACACUAGGCCUCAUCGGCUUUGGUCGCACGGGGCAAGCGGUUGCUGUUCGAGCCAAGGCCUUUGGAUUCAGCGUCGUAUUUUAUGACCCCUACUUGCAAGAUGGGAUAGAGCGGUCCCUGGGUGUGCAGAGGGUCUAUACUCUACAGGACUUGCUGUAUCAAAGCGACUGCGUCUCCUUGCACUGCAAUCUCAAUGAACACAACCACCACCUCAUUAAUGACUUUACUAUAAAGCAGAUGAGGCAAGGAGCAUUCCUCGUGAAUGUGGCCUGUGGGGGCCUGGUGGAUGAGAAAGCCUUAGCCCAGGCCCUCAAGGAGGGCAGGAUACGAGGGGCGGCCCUCGACGUGCAUGAAUCGGAGCCCUUUAGCUUUGCUCAGGGUCCACUGAAGGAUGCACCAAACCUCAUCUGUACUCCCCACACGGCCUGGUACAGUGAGCAGGCCUCACUGGAGAUGAGGGAGGCUGCUGCCACAGAGAUCCGCCGGGCAAUCACAGGUUGCAUCCCAGAAAGCUUACGAAACUGUGUGAACAAGGAACUCUUUGUCACCUCAGUUCCUUGGUCAGUAAUAGGCCAACAAGCAAUUCCUCCCCAGCUCAAUGGUGCCACAUACAGAUACCCACAAGGUAUCAUGGGCGUGGCUCCAGGAGGACUGCCUGCAGCCAUGGAAGGGAUCAUCCCUGGAGGCAUCCGGGUGAGUCACAACCUCCCUUCAGUGGCACACUCUUCCCAAGUGCCCUCUCCCAACCAGCCCACAAAACUCGGGGACAAUUGA